GUCGGUAAGUACUCCUUAAGACAUUCAUAUUUCAUAACAUGAUUAGAUAAUGACGAGGAAUAUAUUGAAGAUCGUGUCAUAAGAUUCGGGCUAAUCAAUUUUCGAUCGGUUCAUGUGCCUGACGAAUACUAAACCCUUCAAAACUGUCAAGCUGAUGUGCGUGACUAGAACGGGCAACACUUGGGAGCUUCAGAAAACUGCGUCUCUCUUCAAUGGAGCCGCUGCUCGAACCAGGGGAGCGAAUAGAGGAGGAAAUGUCAUCUCCAAGGCCUUCUGAUCCAUUCUUGUACAGGACUCUGCAUUUCAAGAGUACUACGGCUUUUGAAGAAUACAGAAGAAUGCCAAUAUCACACCAGAUUCUCCUGGUCCUGAGCACUCUAGCUACACUUGUGGCAUUUCCAGCUUCAAGCCUUCUAUCUCGAGUAUACUACUCCAAUGGAGGCACAAGCAAGUGGGUUAUUUCAUUGGUGGCAGUUUGUGGGUGGCCUCUCACUGCUUUAAUCUUACUUCCUAUGUACGUCUUUCGGGGAAUUACUCCAACUCCUCUGAAUUCUAAGCUCACUCUUUCAUACAUUGCGCUCGGUUUCUUGACUGCUGCUGACGGCCUAAUGUUUGCAUAUGCCUAUGCUUAUCUCCCAGCCUCAACUGCUGUGCUUGUCGCAACAUCGUCACUGGUAUUCUCUGCACUAUUUGGACAUCUUAUCGUAAAGAACAAACUGAAUGCUGCGACGAUAAAUUCGAUUGUGAUAAUCACUGCUGGUGUGACUAUUAUUGUAUUGGAUUCAGAUUCUGAUAGAUAUGGCAAUGUGAUUCAGACUCAGAGUCAGUACGUCAUGGGAUUUAUAUUGGAUGUUGUGGGAUCAGCUCUCCAUGGGCUGAUUUUAGCUCUAUCAGAACUGGUUUUUGUUAAGCUAUUGGGGAGAAGAUCUGUACAUGUUGUGUUGGAGAACCAUAUCAUGGUUUCUUCUAUUGCUUUUGUGUUUACCAGUAUUGGUUUCAUAAUAAGCAAGGAUUUUCAAUGGGUGGCUUCUGAAGCCAAAAGUUUUAAAGGUGGUGAGGCUGCAUAUGUUUUGGUACUGAUCUGGGCUGCCCUUAGUCUCCAACUAGGGGUAUUGGGAUGCACUGCUGUGCUCUACUUGACUUCUACUGUGCUGGCCGGAAUUCUCAAUGCAGUGAGGGUACCAGUUACAAGCAUUGCCGCUGUUGUGUUGCUCCAUGACCCCAUGAGUGGUCUCAAGAUCCUGUCUUUGAUGCUUACAUUCUGGGGUUUUGGUUCCUACUUAUAUGGCAAUUCCUCUAAAGUCUAAAGCCUCCUCCUGAUCAUUUUUCUGGUGCAAUCUUCCUUGUGCCUCUUUUCAAUUUUUCUAAGAAUUUCACUGCACAGGGCUGAGGUACAUCAUGCCGGGGGCAACAGCCAACAGCGCCUCAGCCAAGGUUGUUAAGGGAUAUACUCGAAUUGGGUAGUAUCUAAGUUCGAGCCUCCAGUUUACCUAACAAAAAAAUACGUCAUCAUGACGGACCAGAGAAUGCGACCGAUCCAUUGGACAUGACCGGUUCAUUUUAUAAUAUACUGGGUUAGUCCAUUAACUUGUUUAUGAACCUUAGAAGCUAUUCAAUGGUAUAUGUUAGGAAUGGCCACCUCUCUUUCUUUGUUUUUUGAUAAGUAUAUGUUUCUGGUAAGAUUUGAAGUUUUGAACUCGUGACCUCCCACUUAUAAAACUAACGCUCUAAUCAAUUGAGCCAUGAAAUCCUUAUUUUUUUUCACCUCAAUACAUGGAAUCCCAUAAUCACUA